AUGACACUCACACACCUCCCAGUGGAGCCAGUCUCAUUCAAAUUCAGCACGGUAACAGGCUACUUCAUCCAAGACGAGCCAACCACUGACCCAGCCACCUUCGACUAUGCCGCAUUGAAUUUUGGGCUUAUCUCAAGAAUCUAUGACGCCGAACCCGUGGACUGCCAAAGCAGCACCCAAUGGCAACGAUUCGCUCAGCAGAUUCAGCACCUAAAUGACACCGCUGGCCCACAAACCAAGUAUAAAGUGCUCUUCCUCGGACGACACGGCGAAGGUGUGCACAAUGUUGCCGAGCAGAGAUAUGGAACUAAGGCCUGGGAUGAGUACUGGUCACUCUUGGAUGGAGAUGAAGAUGGCACAUGGAUUGAUGCACAUCUCACAGACGUAGGUAUUGCCCAGGCCCGAACUGCUCAUGAUACCUGGACUCAGCAAAUCGCGAACGGCAUCCCGCAGCCACAGUCCUACUACGUCAGUCCCUUGCAUCGGUGCUGCCAGACGGCUCAGGUUACGUUUGAGGGCUGCGAUAUGCCGUUGACAGAUCCUUUUCGACCGCUUAUUAAGGAGCUGCUCCGCGAGACCAUGGGCGAGCAUACCUGUGACCGCCGGUCAAGCAAAUCUGCUAUUGCCGCGGACUUCCCACAGUACCUAUUUGAACCGGGCUUUGCGGAGGAAGAUGAGCUUUGGGACCCUAAGGUCCGCGAAUCAGACGAGCACCGUAACCAGCGACUGCUCGGACUGUUGAACGAUAUCUUCGCCAGUGAUGAGAAUGUCUUUCUUUCUCUGACGGCGCACUCGGGGGCCAUCACAAGUAUCCUGGAAGUGACAGGCCAUCGGAAGUUCCCGCUGGCGACGGGGGCGGUUAUUCCGGUGGUAGUAAGAGCAGAGGAGCGGGUGUGA